CUGUUUUCAUUGCAACUACAUACUACCACGUGUUGCAGCUUAAAUCCAGCGAUGUAAGCGAAAGAGGAGCCCCGAAGCACGAAAUGUCGAACUGGGCGCUAGGCAUCGUCGUGACCACCAGUGGUCUUGGGAAGGAGGAUAAGAAUCGGGUGCAGCGCACCGUAAAGGACGCCGGGGGAGACUACUCGCCUAACCUCUCGAAGCGCUGUACGCACGUGCUAACAGUGGAGGGUAAACGGAGUGAAAAACUUGAUGCUAUUCGUUCCAACCCAGCAACCUGGCCCCAAGCUAUCGUCCACCUAGAAUGGUUGUCAGCCUGCAGCCGCAGCGGCGCUCCCCUUCCACCGGAGUCCUUCCCAGUUACCUCGCAGCAGUUCUCCUGCCUGCCUGUGCAGGUCCCGGAGGCUCGCAGGCCGCUCGCGGCCCGCCAGGAGCCCGCUGCGUCCCAUGCAUCCCGCAGCCUGUUCGGCUCGCGAGCAACCGACGACAGCAGCCUAGCAGCAGCCCAGGCCACACGCUCAGCGGCUGGCGCAGCGCCACCAUCUGGAGCACCGGGUGGUCGCCCCUGGGUGCUGGACGCCCACGUCAAGCCCGAGCCCCUGGGCACAGCCACCAAGCCCCCCACCGGGCCGGCAGCGCUCCCGGCAGCGCUCACGGUGGCGGCACCGCCGCCUGCGGCCGUCACCACCGCGCACAAGCCGUGGCGUGUGCACUUCAGUCAGGUCGAGGAGGACCCCUUCGCGCCUCCGCCCACCACCCACGCCCACGCCCAGGCCGCCGCCGACGCGGCGCGGCGGCCGUGGCGCGUGCGCGUGUCGUCCGUGCCCGAGGGCGAGGAUGACGGCGGAGCGGGCGGUGCAGCAGCAGCAGCGGGCGAAGGUGAGGGCCAGGAUGCUGCAGGCGCGAUGCAGGCCGUCGAGGAGGACGACGAGGACGAGGGCGCUGCCCGUGCCGCGGGGCUCGGCGCCGCCGCGCUUCCACCCGCCAAGCCCUGGUUGGUGCGACACAUGGACCUGUCGGUGGACGACGAAGAGGCCCGGCGGGCCCGGGCCCAGCCGCCCCCGCCGGUGGUGCGGGUGCAUAUGCAGUCCGAGCCCGAGGCGUCCCUGGACACCGCCAACACCACAAGACGCAGCGGCACGGCGGAGCUGGUGAGGAGGGCGGCCAAAGCCUCGGAUUGCGGCACGGACGCGGGCGGAGAGGUCCGACACCCGUCCGCAAUCGCGCUGCUGGAGGCCCUGCAGUCCUCGCAGGAGUCCGGCGCGGCGUCCACGGCCUCAGCCAGAGGCGCGGCUGCAGCAGCGGCUGCGGGAGCUGGCGCGGGGCCUGCAGCACCCGGCCACAGCCACCGGGGCUUCCCGCAGCAAGACGCAGACGGCCACGGCCGAAGCGGUGCUGGUGGCAGAGGCGCAGGUCUGGAUGGGCGGGACGGGGACGGUGGCUUUGAGCCGUCCUUCACGCAGUUGGCAGCGGACCUGCAGGCGUUACGUGCGGACUUCGACACCAGCAGCAGGGCCCCGCCUCCACCCUCGCCGCCUCGGACCGGAGCAGCACGCCAAGCGCAGGCAGCCGCUCUGGGUUUAGCCGGCGCCCCAGCCCGCCCGGCAAUGUCACCCAGCGUGAGCGGCCGCAACUGGGAUUCUAGGCCUGAGCUGCAGCCGCAGCGGUCCCCGGGCGCAGUUGGGCCUUGGGCGCGUGGGCAGCUGCCAGGGCCUGCCCCCAUGGCGGGCCGCGAGGAGCCCGAGGAGGAGGGCCGGCCGAGUUGGGGCGCGGGGCCAGGGCUCUCGCAGCUGGUCGCAGAGCUGCGCGAGGCGAGGGCCGGGCUGGGUGAAGGGCGGGACCCCGACGCCGCUCACCCUACGGCUGCAGCCGACAGCGGCCUGCGAGCGGGCGCGGGCGCGGCGGCGCACGGCCCUCCUGGAGCUGUCCGGGAAGAGCAGGAUGAUGGCGAUGGCGAGGCAAGAGGAGUGCAUCUGAGUCAGGGCGAGUACGGCCCGGGUCGGGGACUGUCCCAACUGGUCGCUGAGCUGCGGGACGCGAGGCAGGGGCUCGGCGGGCGGGGCGUCAGCAGUGGCGGCGGAGGCAGCGGCGACCGCGACGGUGCUGAUGAGCCCAAGCCGGCGCUACUGGCAAUAGCAGGAGGCGCACCUAGUGCCCCCAGGCUGUGGUCGCCGCCGCGUGGCGUGCUGUGGGGACGGGGCUGCCCGCAGCCAGCCCUCGACGCCGGCCGCACAUCACCACCACGCGUUGUGCAACAGCACCAACCUGACCACCGGCACCAGCACCAACACCAGCCCAUCGAUGACGUGAACGAGCUGGAGAUGGAGGACGGCGAGGCGGCGGAGCCCUGCCCGGGGCCGCUGACGCAGCUGAUCCAGGGGCUACAGGAGGCGCGGCAGGGGCUGCAGGCGGGGGCGGGAGUGGGGCCGGGAGCAGGGCUUGGGGGCGGCUGGCAGCUGGAGGCUCCCGAGCGUCAGCAACAGGACCGCUCCUCGCUGCUUCCAAGUCCACCGUUGGAUGCGUGGGACCGGCACGGAGAGCGGCAGGACCAGCGAAGGCUGGCCUUGCCAGGGGCACCCAGCCCUACGGGCGGUGAUAAGCAGCAGCAGCAGCAGCAGCAGCAGCAGCAGCAGGCAACGUCGCGGGCCCCUGAUUGGGCGUUGCCCCCUCUGGGUGAUACAGAGGACCAGGACCAGGCCAUGGCCGACACAUACCCACACCACCUGCAUCCCCUUGCGGCGGGAGGGGCGGGGCCCUGGGUGGAUGGCGAGGCGGGGCCAGCGCCAGGGCCCUCUCUGUCCCAGCUGGUGGAUUCAAUGCGCCAGGCGCGGCAGGGCCUGGCGGGGGCCACGGCAGGGCAGCGCGAUGUGGUGCAGCCAGCCGGAGAUAACGCAAAGGCCGCAGCGGGCGCAAGCCCUGGUCCGGUCCAGCCAUGGAGCAUCCACAGUCGGGGCGCGGCGGCAGCGCAGCAGCCACAGCAACAACCCUCGCCGCUGCAGCAGUCGCCCACACGGCCCCGUGCCCAGUCCCCCAGUCACCAGCACCCCAGCUCCCAUCGCCCACAGACGUGCGUUGCAGCAAACAUGGAGCAGGGCGAGGACAAGGGUUCCCACGCGGGGCCGCGGCCAGCAGGUGCGGCGGAUGACACUGUGAGCUUCUCUCAGCUGAUACGCCUCAUGCAGCGCCAGAAGAUAAAUCGACAGGAAGCGGAGCAGGCACAAGGGCAAAAGCAUUUGCAAGAAGAGAAAGAGCACAUGGAGGUGGUGACAGCGGGAGAGGCGGCGGCGGAGGAAGAGGAUGCUGAACAGGCUGCGGCUGAGGCGGAAGAGGCGGACGAUGGCGACGACGGUGCUGACUCAGAUGGGACCCUGGAGCCGCCGCCGUCACAGCGGCUGUCAUUGGAUCUUGGGCAGCUGAUGCCAGCUCAGGGCGGGUCAGCGGGCACCUUUCAAGGCGAGACUCUGCGUGUGAAACCCGAGGUGGCAAGCCCGGGUGUCAGGCCUGGGCCGCUUGGCCUCUGCGGGUCGCCUGCUGUGGAGCGGUCACCCCCGCAGGAGCCGGCGGCCAUGGAGUGGGAGCCCAGGCAGCAGGCCUCGCCGCAGCCUGCAUCGCCCCAGCAUGAGCUAGGCUACACUGCCGUCUCCACUGGCCGCACGACGCCGCGCACGCAACCGCAGCAGGUCUCGCAUUCCUGUGCGGCGGGUGUGGCGGCGGCAGAUGGCACUGGGAGCGACCGGCCUGAUGCUGCUCGGACCGAGGGUGGCCUUGCAAGCAGCCCGCUCAGUGGUAGGAUCGCCAGUGCUAUGGCGGCGGCUGUCGCGCUGCCGCUGCCCUGGAGCCAGCGGCCCGAGUCUGAGCCCGAUCCUGAUGGCACUGCAGCGCCAGGUGACGCAAGGGGCAGCGACAUUUCUGAGCCUCAGUCGCACAGCCAGGGCCGCAGCCGCGCUGCUCAGGGCUUGCACGUGGUGGUGCCGGGCAUGGCGGUCGCCGCCGCCGGCCCCAGCCCCGUCCUGCGGCCCGUGUCCCUGUGGACGCGCCUCGGCCCCGAGGCAUCACCGCAGUCGCCUGCAGCGGGCCUGAGCAUGCGCCACGGCAUCAAAACGCCCACGGCCGCGGCAGGCGCGGCAUCUUCUUUCACGCGUGGCUCGGAGGAAGAUGCGCACACGGAUACGGGCGGCUUUGGAGGCUUUCACGUGCCCCUAGCCAGCCAGGGCGCAGCUACCACCGCCGGCCUGCGCAGUCCACUGCCCACAGCCGGCGGCGCGCCUGCUCUGUGGUCAGUGGCAGGCACUGGCGACGAUGGGGCUGCUGGGGACAUGGAAACCGGGACGCCGUACGCCGCCCGGACGCCGGCACCCGCAGCCAGCGGACAAGAGCUCAGCUUUGGGUUCGGGGUCGGGCUGGGGGAGCUGGCCGGGGUGAACCCAGACACGCCGGCGAGCGUGCGCGGUGGCUACGGGCGGACCCCUGCCCGCGCGACAGCUGGCGCUGCGGCUGCUGCGGCAGCUGCGGCGGCGGGGCCGCUCGGCCGUUGCAGCGGCAAGGCGGCGGCACGCAAGAUGGACUCGCGCACGCCGUCCUUGCUGUCCACGCAGGGCAAGCACAAGCGGCGGGAGGUCCGUGACACGCCAGCCGCCAUGCGUGGCCCGCAGCCGCUGCUCGCGCCGCGCUCUCCUGUGCUGUGGCCUGAAGGCAGCCAGCCGCUCUGUGUGGGCCUCGACUCGGGGGCAGGCUUGGCAGCAGUGGCGAGCCUGCAGCUCGGGGCAGCCAAGCAAAGCUCGCAGGCGCAGGCGGUCUCCGCGGCGCCCUCCGCAACCUCGCAGGACUCGGCGGCGCACGCGACAUCCUCACAGGGGACGCGGCGCUCGCAGCAGGGUCAGCCGGCCUCGCACUCGCAAGGCCUGGCGCUGCUGCUGGUUGGCUCGCAGCAGCAAGGCUCGCUGCAGGCUGGCGGCGGCAGCGGCGGCGGCAGCAGCCUGCCACAGUUGGGCCUGGAGGAGGUCAUGCAGCGCCGGGCACACAUGCCCUGGGCUCGGGCUACUGCCGGCACCGGCGUACCCGCAGCGAUCGGCGGAACGGGCACAGCUACUGCCGCUGCACCCACUGCGCGUGCGGCCGCGCUGGGCUGGCAGGGCGUGUGCGCGUCGCCCAUGCCCAUCACGCCGGGCCCGUGGGCAGCGCCGGGGCAAGAGAGUGACGCGGACGAUGAUGUUGAUGAGGCGGCGAUGCUAGCGGCUGGCCGGGCGGCGGCGGCUGCCCGUGUCGCGGUGGCCGUUGGGGGCAAGGGUGGCGCUGCUGGGCUGGGCAUCGCCUUGGUCCCUGCCAUGACGGCUGGCGCGGUGCAGCUGGGCGGGCGCAGCAGUGCUGCGGCUGCCGCGCUGAGCACAGACCCGGGUGAGGCAGGGGCUGUUGCAGCAGCUGGCACCGGCACCGGCAUGGCUCUACCCGAGCUUCCGCAAGCGUCUUCGGACGAUUCGCAGUCCCCGUCCAACUCCGGGUCAGAAGAUGACGACAGCCAGCCGCCCAUCUUUAACCUGGCUCGCGGGCGUUCACAGCUGCGGCGGGAUCAGCCCACAGCAGUACGGCAGCAGGUGGCACCCGCCGUGGCCGCUCCUGCAGCCGCUGCUGCUCCUGCGCCGAUUGCGCCCAGCCGCGCAACUGCCCGUCCUGCCGCUGCUGUCGCGCGAGCUGCGAUGCUGGCCCUGCCGCCUGGCACCGAGUCGCAGUCGCAGCAGGAUACGUCGGAAGCGCCGGAGGUGCACGAAAAUGCCGUACCGGACCAGCCACGUCAGCAGCCGCACGCAGCUGUGUCGGAUGCUAUGCGGGCCCUGGGAUCCUUGGAGCUGCGGGAAGCUGAUGCCUGGUGUGGUGGCAGCGCAGAGGCCACCGGGGCAGGAGAUGCAUCGCCGCCGCAGGGCAUUGAGCAGGACCAGCAGCAGCUGCACGGCAGCUUGCCACAAAUGAUCGCUGGAGACGGCGGGGCUAGCGGCGGGCUGCUGGCCGGGGCAGCGGUCAUCAUCGACCGCUGCCUGGGCCAGGAGGUAGCCACAAGGUGCGCUGCGGCGGUGGCGGGACUGGGCGGCCAUGUGAGCACUGCUUCCCAUUUGGGCUGCGGCGCGGCGGCGGUGGUGUGCGAGCCGUCCCGCGCCCCCCGCUGGAUGGCGUGGGGCGCGCACCUGCUGUCCCCGAGGUCCCUCACAAGGCUGGCGGGCCAGGACUUGGACAGCGCCUGCGAGCCAAUCGACCCCGUGGCGGUGGCCUCCGCCGCCGCCAGCAGCCUCAUUUGCCUGUCCCGCGGCGUUGCCAGUGCGGUGACCGAGACCUGCUGCCAACGCGACGGCGGCAACAGCCACCCUGACGUUGAUGUCAGCGGCGCUGCUCGCGGCACAGGCUCCACCGCUGGCGCCCCGCCGGCCGGCCCGGCAGCGGCGGCGUCGGACGGUGCCGCUGGAGCGGCGGGCCCGUGGUCCAGCCGUGCCUCUCGGCGGCAACUGGUCAUCGACCUGAAGGCUGCGGAGGACAGUACCGCCGCUGGCAAGCUGCUAGGGAUGCGCGGGCAGGCCGCUGCGGCGCACCUGCGCAAGCCGCCCGCCGCACCGCCCAGCCUGCUGGACCACCUAGUCUGGAACGUGUCACAGCCGCCGGAGGCCGCGCAGACCCUGGCGCCGCCGGCCGACUGCGGCGGCUGCAACGAGCCAGCAGGCGAGCCCGCGGAGGACGCAUGGGGCUACGGCGGCUCGCAGGGCUCGCUGGAUGAGGGGCCUGCAGGGCUGGCCUGCAUAGCGCCCGCGUCGCAGCUGCAGGAGCCGCGCGCUGUGGAGCAGCGGGAGCUGGAUGCAGUGGUUUAUGCGGGCCGGCGGCUGACGCUGCUGCUGCCACAGGAUAGGUUUGGCAUUCUGGGCCACAACUCGCACACCGUUGUGUCGCCGGCCACGCUGCCCCUGCAACCCCUCCACGGCGGCGCCACCGGCGGCGGAGGCGGAGGCGGCAUCACACUGCGGGCGCUGCUGACGGCGGUGCAGCGCCACUACGAGCAGCCGCUGAGCAAUGACGAAAUGGUAGAGGCGAUGGCGGGGCACCCCGACCUGCGGCGGGCGCUGCAGGUGGCGUGGCAGAAGGUGCAGGCGCCACCGCGCUCGGCGCUGCUGGGGCAGGCGGCAGUGCUGGUGGGGAUGCGGCGCUGCGGGCAGAGCGGGUCGCUGCCCGUGUAUGAGCUGCAGCUGGCGCAGUAGUGUGUACAGGGACGGGCAUGGUAAGGGUGUGGAUGUGUUGGGCUUUGAAGGUCAGGGGCGGGCGGGCGGGUAUAAGUAUGUGCCCGUAGAGCUCUGUGCGCAGCUUGAGGUAGGAGAGGAGGCGUGCUGUCGAGCUAUGUCUUUCGACGAGGGGAGGCCGCUUCGGCGGCCCGAUAGCCCCCUUACACCCCGCUAACUGACCCCAAGUUGGUCGCCAACGCGCUGGGCUCCGUGCGGGUGGGGCGCGGCUCCUGGAUUGCGGGGGGGGCCUGAGGGCCCCGCUAACCCCGAGACCAGGAGAACCUGAAAAGGCCGCGGAUGCUUCAGAUGAUGUGGACAUGUGUGAGCAAGCCGUUGUGUUGGAGCUACUGUUGCAACUGACUGGCCAUUGUCGGCCACAAAAAGCAAGACAUCAAG